ACAUAAUGGAGGUUAUGUUUAUGACAGUUGUUGACAUAAAUAACCUAAAUUUCGUAAACAAAAAGUCGAAAAAAUGAGUAAUGUUUAUAUUUUGGAGCCCCCCACUUCAGGGAAGGUAUUAUUAAAAACAUCUGUAGGUGAUAUAGACAUUGAACUAUGGGCGAAAGAAACCCCCAAAACGUGCAGAAAUUUUGUGCAGUUGUGUAUGGAGGGGUACUAUAACAACACAAUAUUCCACAGAGUUGUGAAGGAGUUUAUUGUGCAAGGGGGAGACCCGUUGGGAGAUGGUACAGGUGGUGAAUCGAUUUACGGGGAACCUUUUAAGGAUGAGUUCCAUCAGAGGCUCAAAUUCACGCGAAGGGGUCUUUUGGCGAUGGCUAACGCUGGAGAAAACGACAAUGCCUCGCAGUUUUUUUUUACUCUCGGCCCCACGCCUGAGUUGCAAAAUAAACACACCAUCUUCGGGAAGAUUGUGGGCGAUACGGUUUUUAACAUGCUCAAGCUGGCCGAGGGGUUGGUUGAGGACGAGAGGCCCGAGUACCCGCACAAAAUCAUCAAAACUGAGAUUUUACACAACCCUUUUGAAGAUAUAGUACCCAGAGUAAAGACAGUGGAAGUUAAGGAAAAAAAGAAGAAGGAAAAGAAGGCUGGGGUUAAGGAUUUUAAGUUGCUAUCAUUUGGGGAAGAAGCAGAAGAAGACGAGGAGGAAUCCAGCAAAAUAAACGAGAAAUUUGUGGGGAAAGGCAAGUCCUCACAUGAUGUCUUGGACGAUCCAAAACUCAGUUCGCAAACUGAUAUAAAAAAGGAACCUGAAGAUGAAGAAGAAGUUGAAAAGGAAAUUAAUCCGGAAGAACAGUUGGAGAAUAUUCGAAAAAAACUAAAAACAAGUCAUGAUAAAGUGAAGAAACAAACCAAGCUCAAACCAACAGCAAUAGUGGAAAUUGUUGACGAUGAUGAGGAUCUCAAUGAUUAUUACCUGAACAAGGAUAGAGAUGAAGAAAGGAAGAAACAAGUUGAAGACAUCAAAAAGCAAAUCAAAGAUGUGAAACAAGAAUAUCACAAAAACAAACUAAGGAAGGAAGAGGAACAGAAAGAUGAAGAGAAGGUGGAAAGUGAAAAAAGUGAAACUUUCAAGGAAUAUAAAACGGAGUACGACAAGUAUGCGGAGAAAAAGAAAACUUUACCGAAAAAAGGGGCGGGUAGAGAACAGUUCACUUUACAGUUAUUGGAGAAGUUCAAGAAGAAAUUACACAACGCUAAAGAGCAGUUGGAAGAACAACCAGAAGAGGAGAAAAAGGAAGAUGAAGAAGACAUUGAUGAAGAAGAAAAUUGGCUUUCCCACAAACUUCACUUCAAAGAUGAUGACCCCAUCCUGGCCAAAGAUGCAAACACGAAAGAUGACGACUGGUUUGAAAUUUACGACCCAAGGAAUCCGCUGAACAAGAGGAGAAGAGGGGAGCAAUCGACAAAAACGAAAAAAUAGUGAAACGUUUAUUUAAAAAAAUCAAAAUAUAAUACAACUAAUAAAAACACUUAAAUCUCAACUUUCUUGUCGGUUUCUUCUUUAAUUUCCGUCUCCAUCUCCAUCUUGACUGGUUCGUCUUUGAUUUGCUGGGUCUCCUCCAGAACGCUAACUAACUGGGAGGUACUAGCAAUCGGCUCGAUUUCGCCUCCUUUAGGAGUGGUCUCGUUUGAAUCUCCAGGCGGUUCUCCUCCCUCCAUGAUACUCAAAUUUUCGGCGAUAAAGUCCACGUUUUCCUUCAUAAACGGCGAAGAGUCCAUGUCUUCAGACUCUUCAAACAAUUGGGAGGGAACCGUCUCCAUUUU